UCGGACCGGCAACCCGCGUGAUACCGAGUGUUGUCUGAGCGCUCGAUCGAAUAAUCUCUUUUUGUCGGUUUCGCUGCUGGCUGAGUCGCCCUACGAUGCUGUCCUUUCAGGCCUUCAUUGGGCUGUGCUUGGUGCCGAGCUUGACCGCUGCCGGCUCCGCGUACACCGAGGAACUUGUGCAAAUCCGUAGCCAGCCAUCGGGGCCGUUCGGCUAUGGCCCACCAGCACCGCCACCGCCCUCGCCUUACGUGCAGAUGUCGUCGUACGGGCCGAUACGUCGCUGGUCCGAGUCGGAAAUCCCGAUUCGCUCGGGACCACUGCUUCGUCGGGACACUCGGCCGCCGCGUCCGCACUUGCAGCUGGUUCGAGUGCAGGAGAGUCCACCGCCAGCCGAACGAAGCGACCCGCUGGCUGCCAUCACCGAGACUCUGGGCGCUUUGAACACGGUCGGCAGCUUCAUCGUGAACAUGACCAGGGGCGUCGAGUCGUCGGAUCCGCCGAAGGAGCUGCCUUCGGCGAUCUACACCAUCUCGAAGAACAUCCUUGGCAGGAACGUCACCGACAGCAUCGCUCCGCUGGUUCGCGGGGUCGCGCUGCCGCUGAGACCGGUUAGCUCGCCGCCGCUGGUGCCGCCGCUGGUGCCGCCGCCGGUGCCGCUCGCGUUGGCGUCUCUUCCGCUGCAAACCACGCCCGCCGCCUUCCCGUCGGUGCCGAUCAUGGCGGCAUCAGCCACCGGAACGGCCACCACGACGACAGCGACGACGAUGACGACGACGACCGAACUGCCGGAAACCGCGAGCGAGAUCGCUCUUUCCGAGGCGUCGAGCAACGUCGUCGAGGUGCUGGACCGCGAUCCCAAAGUCAGCAACGAAGCGCCGCCCAGCUGUACCACCGCUGACGACGGCCCGGGAAAGUGUCAAGACUUGAGCAACUGUCCGCAACUGCUAUUGGACUUGACCAAGCUGAAAAAAUCCAUUUGCUUCAAGAGCUUGUUUGUACCUGGAGUUUGCUGUCCCGUCGAGAAGAUCGUGAUUCCGAAUGUGUCGCCGCCUCCGCCGCCGCCACCACCGGCACUCAGUGAGAAAUCGACGAUGAUUUUCAGCGCAACGACUAAACCAACCCCAAGACCUAUUCCGUUAUUCCCGGUACCAACGACGACAACGCGAAGACCGACAAAGCCAGAUCCAACCGAUUUGCUCGGCAACAACUCGACUGGCAGUGGCUUCGAGUCGAUCGACAACAAUUUCAUCGACGAUGAUGAGUGUGGAGUGAGGAACGCGGGCAAGUACCGAGUCGUAGGUGGCGAGGAGGCACUGCCAGGUCGCUGGCCAUGGAUGGCUGCGAUAUUCCUCCAUGGCGCGAGGCGCACUGAGUUCUGGUGCGGUGGCUCGCUGAUUGGUAGUCGGCACAUUCUCACCGCUGCUCACUGUACCAGAGACCAGCGGCAACGCCCAUUCCUUGCAAGGCAGUUUACAGUUAGACUCGGCGACAUUGACCUCGAGAACGAUGACGAGCCGUCGAUCCCUGAAACUUACAACGUCAAAGAGAUCCACGCGCACAGCAAGUUUUCGCGCGUCGGCUUUUACAACGACAUUGCAAUUUUGGAGCUUGACCGUCCUGUCAGGAGAACGCCGUACGCUAUACCGAUUUGCCUACCACAAUCGCGACAUAAGGGCGAAGCCUUUGCCGGUGCCAGGCCCACGGUUGUUGGAUGGGGUACCACUUAUUACGGUGGCAAGGAAAGUACAGUGCAACGUCAAGCAGUACUACCCGUGUGGCGCAACGACGAUUGCAACCAAGCGUAUUUCCAACCGAUCACCUCGAACUUCCUAUGCGCAGGAUAUAGCCAAGGUGGUAAAGACGCGUGUCAAGGCGACUCAGGGGGUCCCUUGAUGCUUCGCGUGGAAAAUCGCUGGAUGCAAAUCGGCAUUGUAUCGUUUGGCAACAAGUGCGGUGAACCCGGCUAUCCUGGCGUUUACACUCGCGUCUCAGAGUACCUCGACUGGAUCAAGUCAAAUCUGCGAUGACUUCGCGUUGUAACAAUUAUGUGUACAUAGAACUCUUUACUUGUUAUUUGUACGAGACGAAUG